ACACACACACACACACAUACAUCAAUUUCAAACAUCUUUUCAAAACGUGAAAUAGCUCUUGCACGAUGAUGAAAAAUUGCUGUGUGAGCUCAUUUCCCUUUUCACGCUUUGUGCACUCGCGGGAAUCAACAGAAGGCACAGCGGUCCGUUAUACUGUAGUACCAAGACUGACCUAUGGGAGGCAGCAUGGUGCUACAAAAACCAAGAAAAAGGACGUAGAUGAAGAAAUGGCAUUCAACUCGAUCAACUUUUCUAUUCAUAAUCAUCGCUCCACCAUCUUUAUGUCUGGCAACUACAUUGCAAUUGCAAAUUCUUCUCAUGUUUUUAUUUUGAUUAGUCACCUGUAAUAAUAAUAAUACGCGUCAUUUUUUUUAUCCGUUUAAGGACGUCUGGAGAAGUCAUUUCAAACUAAAAUAUUGUUAAAUAUAUAGAGGUUAAAAAAUUAAAUACCUAUAAUGUUAAAUUGUGACUUUCUUUUUAAACUACAAAGCCAUUACGAAAAAAUGAUGGGUCUGGGUGAUUUCUGACCUACGUGUCCAUCCAAAGUUUAGACCAAAAGCUUCGACAGGAAAUGUCAUUUUAUCGUUUGGGUGACUUUCAAAACCUUCCAGGCGAACUUAGUUUUGAUAGUGUGUAAAUUUGUAGCUGGGUAAGGUUUUGAACAACUCCUGCAUUUGCUGGGGUAGUUGAUUUAAAAAAAAACAAAAAAGUAGUUCAGAGCAGGAAGCAGUUGACGGGUUCAGGUGAAGUCGCCUCACGCUGCCUCCGCCCCUCCAGAGCUCCGGGCGGACUGUCACAAGAAGUUCAGGAGGCCACCUGGCUCGUGUUCAAACGGUCUCACGUCGGAGUUUCAACGUUGCGCUGAGCCGUAACGUGUAGGCGGGCACAUCAAGUCGGGCCGGGACGACGCGACUGCAGCAACUUCUGCUCGGAGUGGACUCAUUCAGACAAGAGUAGCCCCGCUAAAAGCUAACGAACGCUAGUGGCGGCGUUUGGUCGAGCCAGGGCGGGCGGUGAACAAAAGUCACCUGUGACCCAACUCGCGGAUGCCGAUGCCUGAAGUGGCCUUGUUUCAUUUCGGGGCAAGUUGGAAGGCUCCGUCCUGGUGCGUCCCGACGACGACGACGACGAGCCGCCGCGCUUUGAAUUUCCCUCCUCGCGGACGACGGACAGGCUGCUCUGCUUGGCGACGAGUUGGCUCUGGACCAGAUCAUUAGCAACUCUCUGCUAAUUGUGGCUAGUUAGCAAAGCCACCAGCCCCUGGCCCCUAAACAUUAUUAUCCGAAGUUACCUCCAUGCGGAAACUACUUUGAGUCCCAGUUCAAGGAAAACAAUCGACUUUACAAGUAUGGAUUCCCACACGGGAAACGCCGCCGCGGCUCUCGGGCCCAAAAAAGACAAGAAAUCAAAGAAAGGCUCCGAGGAUGGAGACGGCAAAAAGAAAUUCACACUGAAACGUCUGAUUCCAGAUGAGUUGGAACGUUUCACCAGCAUGAGAAUGAAGAAGGACAAGGAGAAGCUGAGCCACGUCCCCGGUCAGCGGCAUUCUGCGGCCGCCAACUACGAGCUCAACGCUGCCAGCGCCAUCCUGCACGACCAUACGGAUGAAUACGUCCUGGAACUUUUUGAACAGAUGCUGGUGGAUAUGAAUCUGAACGAGGAGAAGCAGCAGCCGCUCAGGGAAAAAGACAUCAGAAUCAAGCGUGAAAUGGUCUCCCAGUACCUCCACACGUCUAAAGCGGGCCAAGACCAGAAAGAGAGCUCCAAGUCAGCCCUGAUGUACAUCCAGGAGUUGAAGUCAGACUACCGAGACUCUCAGCUGCUGAGCUGUCUGGAAUCUUUACGCGUCUCGCUCAACAACAACCCCGUCAGUUGGGUGCAGAAUUUUGGAGACGAAGGCCUGGCCCUGCUGUUGAAUCUGCUGAGACGACUGCAAGAGGAGAAAGACGAGUACCCAAUGAUGGGAGUUAAAUGCCAACAUGAGAUCCUACGUUGUCUCAAAGCCUUCAUGAAUAACAAGUACGGUUUGAAAUCCAUGCUGGAUUCGGACGAGGGAAUUCCUCUGCUGGUCAGAGCCAUCAACCCGAGGGUGCCUCACAUGAUGGUGGACGCCGUCAAGCUGCUUUCUGCCAUCUCCAUAUUGGAACACCCGGAGAAUCUUCACGAGCGUGUUCUAGAGGCCAUCACAGAGGACGCAGAGAAACGGGAAGUUGAGAGGUUCCAGCCUCUUCUGGCUGGCAUGAGCAGUCACAACGUCGCCCUGAAGGGUGGAUGCAUGCAGCUAAUCAAUGCGUUGAUCAGUCGGGGAGAGGAGUUGGACUUCAGGAUCCAUAUUCGCUCUGAACUUCUCAGAUUAGGACUCAGAGACUGCCUUAAGGAGGUGCGCACAAUAGAAAACGAGGAGCUGAGAGUGCAGCUCACCGUCUUUGAUGAGCAGGCCGAAGACGACUCGGAGGACCUUAAAGCGCGCCUCGAUGACAUCCGCAUCGAGAUGGAUGACGUGAGGGAAGUGUUUGACAUUUUAGUCAACACCGUGAAGGACUCCAAAGCUGAAAGCAACUUCCUGUCGCUGAUGCAGCACCUCCUGCUGAUCCGCAACGAUUACCUGGCCAGGCCUCAGUACUACAAGUUAAUAGACGAGUGUACCGCUCAGAUCGUGCUCCACAAGAAUGGAGCGGACCCCGACUUUAAGUGCCGCAACAUCAGUCUCAACAUUGAAGGCCUCAUAGACAACAUGGUCAACCAAACCAAGGUGGAAACCAGUGAGGCCAAGGCUAUCGAGCUCGAGAAGAAGCUGGACGCAGAGUUGACGGCGCGCCACGAGUUGCAGGUGGAGAUAAAGAAACUCGAGGGGGACUAUGAACAGAAACUGCGAGAGCUGAGUCAAGAAAAGGAGCUACUGGCCUCCUCCAAGCACGAGCGAGAGAAGGAGAACCAGGGUCUGCAGCAGCAGCUGAGCACUCUGCAGGGGCAGAUUGAAACGCUAACCAAAGAUCUGGAAGAAGCCAAGACUAAAGUUGUCAGAGUUACCGUGCCAUCACCUGGCGUGCCCCCUCCUGUCCCUGGCCAGAAUGGGGGCUUGCCUCCACCGCCGCCACCACUGCCGGGCCAUGCCACCAUACCACCGCCACCACCUCUUCCGGGGCAGAGCGGUAUGCCUCCUCCUCCGCCUCCCUUACCGGGCGUGGCGGGCCCUCCGCCGCCCCCUCCUUUGCCGGGCGUGGCGGGCCCUCCGCCGCCCCCUCCUUUGCCGGGCGUGCCGGGCCCUCCGCCGCCCCCGCCCUUGCCGGGCGUGCCGGGCCCUCCGCCGCCCCCGCCCUUGCCGGGCACGGCGGGCCCUCCGCCUCCUCCGCCCUUGCCGGGGAUGGGCCCUCCUCCUCCUCCUCCUCCUCCACCAGGCGGUCCGGGUCUGCCUCCACCUCCACCGUUUGGCAUGGGAGGCUGGGGAGCCCCCGCACCAGUUCAACUGCCCUACGGCCUCCGGCCCAAGAAGGAGUACAAGCCUGAAGUCCAACUGAAGAGGGCCAAUUGGAGCAAGAUUGGACCCGAAGACCUUUCCGAGACUAGUUUUUGGACCUCUGCCAAAGAGGAGAAGUACGAAAACAAUGAGCUCUUUGCCAAACUCACCUUGGCCUUCUCCUCGCAGACUAAGGACCUCCCCACGGAGGAGGAGAUUGUGCACUCAGAAGUGGAGGACAUUUUGCCAGAGCCAGCAAACGCGUCCCUCGCCUCCUUUGACAGUUGA